AUGCGCACUUCUUCAACUCUUUUGGCCCUCUUGAGCGCUGGCUCUGCCCUCGCUGUCCCGAUUAUGAAACGUGCCAAGCUUGACCCUGCAGCCACGGCGGAGGCUCAUCAACGCGAUAACACUGCGACCAGGGCCUUUACCGCGGUCCCAAUCAAGGCCUCCAACGGCCUCUGCUGGUCUGUCGACCCCGAAUCCGGCGACUUCCGUUCCAAUCUGACCCCCGUCACUCUCGUCGAGUGCAACGGAAGUCCCAACCAGAAGUGGGAUGUGAUUACCGAGGGCAAGCACACCAACACCCCCGGAAAGGCAAUAGUAGUCAGCUCUUUGACUAACGCCUGCUUGAACUUCGAUUCCCGCAGACCCGCUGGAAACCAGGUUCUUCUGUUCUCUUGCGGUGGACGUGCCGAUGGUGGAGGGGAGAUCACCGACUCGCAGCAAUUCAACUUCAGAGGUGUUGCUGGCGCGUUCCCGCUCUCCCAGGGCAACGGCAACAACGGUGUCUGCAUCACCGCCAAGAAUGGACGUCUUGACCAAAGCAGCUGCAACCCUGCAACUGCCUCCGGCGACCAAUUGUUCACCAUCGGCGAGGCUGGUGCCGCUGCUCCCCCUCCCGCUGCUCCCCCUGCUCCUGCUCCUCCCGCCAACAACAACCAGGAUAAGCCCACCAGCACGCCCUCUUCGCCUGCGCCCGCGACUACCCUCACAAUCAACAAACUCGACGAAGCUGGCACGGCCGAAGCCCAGAAGAAAGACAACGGUGCUGUCCGCGCGGCGACUGCGGUCCCGAUCAAGAGUGCAGACGGCAAAUGCCUGCGAGCGACUUCCGGAACUGGCGACUUCCGUAACAACCUUGUCCCUGUCGAAAUCGUUGAUUGCGAUGGCAGUGCUACCCAGCAAUGGGAUGUCAUCACUUCCGGCGCCCACAACAACGUUCCUGGAACUGCUUUGAUUGUGAACACAGUCAUUGGAGCCUGCCUCAACUUGGAUGAGCGUCGCCGCCCAGGCAACCAAGUCCUCCUCUUCUCUUGCGGUGGUCGUGCCGAUGGUGGAGGAGAGGUGACCAACAGCCAACUCUUCAAAUUCGAUGGCAAGAAAGCAGGCAUUCCCCUCGCUCCGACCAACCAGGCCAACACUUGCUUGUUCAACAACAACGGCCGCCUCGACCAACAAGACUGCAACAACAGCGGUUCUCAGCUCUUCACUAUCGGUUAA